AUGGAAGCCAACAUUAACAAUUCUCAACCGCUAACCAAAGCCAAAGCCCCACAACCUCCAAGAACUGGCACAGCUGUUAGAAUAACCGCCAAAAAGUCUAACAGCGAAUUAAGAGAAAUUCUUCAACAAAUUUGCUCUAAAUAUCUCAAAGACGCCGAAGAAAACACACAACCAGACGCUAUAUACAAUACUCAGUUCUGUGAAGUUCUGAACAAAGCAAUUGCUAGUUCAAUUGAACUUACUAAGACAAUUCCAAGUCCAAUUGAGCUUAGCGAUGUCUUAGUUCAGUAUUUCCAAC